UAAAAAAAACCCCGAGCUCGUUCGCUCGCUCGUUCGUGCUCCAUUAUCUCCUUCCUUAAAAUAAUGCGCGUGGAAGCCGCGAGAGAUUCCCGGCGACGCAGCAGCUGAGGCAGGCGAGGGGGCUGCUCGUUUCGUGUCACUCCUCCGUUCCGUUGGGGAUCUCUCCUCCUCCUUUUCAGGAUAUAGCCUGCCUCUCUUCAGGCCGGCCUCUCCUGCGCGUGGAAGCAAAAUCCCACCCGGCCCCGUCCUCCUCGUCCCGCUCAAACCAGCCGGCGAGCGACCCGGCCGGCUUUGGGGGGUUCUUCGCCGCCUCCGGGCUCAAAUCCGGCCCGCGGGCUCCCGGUUCCGUGCCGCAUAACGGCGUAAGCCCCGGUGAGGGGGUUUGAGCCGGCAUUUCGCUCGUCGCCGGCCGGGAGGGCGCUUCUUCCCCCCUCCCCCUUCGGUUCAGCCCUGUUAGGGUUCUCCUUCAGCCAUCCCUUUCAGCAGAUUCUUCUCUUGGCGCUGGGUGCGCGCCGCGGCGGUGAUUCAUAUCCAUCCACCGCGCAUGGCGAGCUGCUGCUGUUGACAUCCAUGACAACCCAGUAUGUUACUCCGCUGCUGUGCGAAAGCAGGAGCACCAGAAACCGGCCGACGCAGUAGAAUCCUCCGUUACAGACCUUCAAUCACAAAAUGCACCCGUAUCCACACAAAGGCUCCAAGGGGGCGCCGUCGUUGCCGCCGCGACCCACCCUCGUCUUCCUCAUCGCGCUCUUUGGCCUCUACGUGUGCUACCUCUCCUUCAACCAGAUACGGAUGGAGAGCAAGCAUGCGGAGGAGAAUGGCGCACAAGACCAGAAUGAACAUGUUUGUGCAAAGCCUUAUGUUCCAAGUGAGGAGCUGCCCUACGUGCACUUCCCCAAACCAAAGGGUUAUAGCAGGGCGGAAUGCUCGUGUAAUCCUGUUCGUUUCUUUGUGAUCAUGUCGAUGCAAAGGUCGGGAAGCGGAUGGUUUGAGACGCUGUUGAACAGCCAUCCUAACAUCAGCUCCAAUGGUGAAAUAUUCAACAGAGUGGAUAGAAGAGAAAACAUAUCGUCUAUCGUACAAACGCUCGACAAACUGUAUAACUUGGACUGGCUCACAAGUGCAGCAAAGAAUGAGUGCACAGCUGCGUUUGGAUUCAAGUGGAUGCUAAAUCAGGGUUUUAUGGACCAUCGCGAUGAUAUACUUAGUUAUUUGAACAAGAAAGGUAUCUCUGUGAUAUUUCUCUUCAGGAGAAAUACAUUGCGCAGGCUUAUCUCUGUGUUGGCCAACAACUACGAUAGAGAUGCAAAGCAGCUGAAUGGAACCCACAAAUCUCACGUUCACUCAGAAGAAGAGGCUGAGAUACUUGCAAAAUUCAAACCAGAACUCGACGUGUCAACCCUGGUUUCAAACAUCAGGGAUGUCGAGAAGUACAUGGGAGACUGCCUGGACAGCUUCAACACGACACGGCGCAUGGUCCUCUACUACGAGGACAUAAUCAGAAACAGAAAUGCAUUAUUCCAGGUGCAGGAAUUCAUCGGCGUUCCGGUGAGGAAACUGGUCAGCAGGCAGGUGAAGAUCCAUACGCGCCCGCUUCCUGACCUCGUCCGGAACUGGGAGGAUGUGAACAGCAGACUCAACGGGACAGAGUACGCCCGUUUCCUCGAUGGCGCAGAUUACGUGGAGUGAUGCCUUUGGAGUUCUGAUGUAGGUUCAGGAUCAUUUGCAAGGGGCCUGUAGACCUGUAGUCUCCAGAGGAUUUGAUUCUUCUGUACAACGAGGUAGUUAAAGAGAUCGAUAUAGAAAUAUUAGGGCAAACUGUACAGUUUUUAGGCUACGUCUUACUCAAAAUUGCUGACAUCUCGUGAUGGUGUUUUCUUUGGUCUCUUCGGCUACAUUCUUCCUUCCCAUGUUUUGUGCUUUGUACAGAAAAAACUGUACUGUAACUCUGUUAUGACCUGUACAACGUAUCAACGGAGGAGUCCCAAUGGACAGGGUUAAUUACGGGCUUAGCCCAAGUUAUCUUA